UCCUUGCGCAACGGGAUGGAUGGCGGGGUGAUGGAUAGCUGGCGAGGGUCCCGCAGCCCAGCUGAGGGUAAAGUGCGGGCAGCGGCUUCAUUCUCCCACCGCCCAUGUGCAACCUUUCGGCACAUGCUCACUGGGGCUGCGGCUGUGGCGGGAGGCUGAGCAUGAGCAGAAGCAGUGGGGGUGGGGGGGAAGCCCGGCGAAGGAAGAAAGGGAGCGCGAGCGAGAGCGCGCGCGCGCGCCGGAGAGGCUCGGCUCCUCAGCUCAGGCGCCUCGGGCAGCUGCACUCGCAGGCGGGCGGCCAGGCAGCAGCGCCUCCUCGUGCGCGGGGGAGCCCUUGCUGCGGGGACGCCCCCCUUUGUGUGGCGGCAGCGGGCGCCCGCCCCCCAGCGCAGCCCUCGCUCCCCCCCCUCCCCGCUCCCGUGCCACCCUCCCGGGCUGCGCAGAGCCUCCGCCCGCCCGCCUCCGGCCAAGCCUCGUCCCCAGCUUGCACUAAGCAGCCUUCCAGUCCGGAGACAAGAUGGCAACGCCGGCGGCGGUGGUGAACCCUCCCGAGAUGGCAUCAGACAUCCCCGGGGCGGUGACCCUGCCGGUGGCACCAAUGGCAACUGGGCAAGUGCGGAUGGCAGGAGCUAUGCCCGCUAGAGGAGGAAAGAGGCGCUCAGGAAUGGAAUUCGAAGAUGAAGACGGUGAGGGGCCGAGCAAAUUUUCAAGGGAGAACCACAGUGAGAUCGAGAGGCGCAGAAGGAACAAGAUGACCCAGUACAUCACUGAGCUGUCCGAUAUGGUACCCACCUGCAGUGCCUUGGCACGGAAGCCUGACAAGCUGACCAUACUCCGCAUGGCUGUGUCUCACAUGAAGUCUAUGAGGGGCACUGGGAACAAGUCUACUGAUGGCGCGUACAAACCUUCUUUCCUAACGGAGCAGGAACUGAAGCACCUCAUCCUUGAAGCUGCAGACGGCUUCCUCUUUGUUGUCGCUGCCGAAACAGGCAGAGUGAUCUACGUGUCCGAUUCGGUCACUCCUGUCCUGAACCAACCUCAGUCGGAGUGGUUUGGCAGCACCCUCUAUGAGCAGGUCCAUCCCGAUGACGUGGAGAAGCUGAGGGAACAGCUCUGCACCUCUGAGAACUCCAUGACAGGAAGGAUUUUGGACUUGAAAACCGGGACGGUCAAGAAAGAAGGCCAGCAGUCCUCCAUGAGAAUGUGCAUGGGCUCAAGACGGUCAUUCAUUUGCAGAAUGAGAUGUGGAAAUGCCCCACUCGAUCACUUACCUUUGAACAGAAUAACAACCAUGCGAAAAAGAUACAGAAAUGGCCUUGGCCCAGUGAAAGAAGGAGAGGCCCAGUAUGCUGUGGUCCACUGUACUGGUUACAUCAAAGCCUGGCCUCCGGCAGGUAAAAUAGGAAUGACCGUACCAGAAGAAGAUGCUGAGGUGAGCCAAGGUAGCAAAUAUUGUCUCGUCGCCAUAGGAAGACUCCAGGUGACCAGCUCUCCUGUCUGCAUGGACAUGAAUGGAAUGUCCGUCCCUACUGAAUUCCUAUCCAGACACAAUUCAGAUGGGAUAAUCACGUUUGUGGACCCCAGGUGCAUCAGCGUCAUUGGCUACCAACCACAGGACCUUUUGGGGAAAGAUAUUUUAGAAUUCUGCCAUCCAGAAGAUCAAAGCCAUUUGAGAGAGAGCUUCCAGCAGGUGGUUAAGCUGAAAGGCCAGGUUCUCUCGGUGAUGUAUCGUUUUCGGACCAAGAACCGGGAGUGGAUGCUAAUCCGGACCAGCAGCUUCACCUUUCAGAACCCGUAUUCGGAUGAGAUCGAGUACAUCAUCUGCACCAACACGAAUGUCAAGCAACUUCAGCAGCAGCAAGCGGAGCUGGAAGUACACCAGAGAGAUGGGCUGUCGUCGUAUGACUUAUCUCAGGUACCAGUUCCAAGUAUACCGUCCAACGUUCAUGAGGGUGGGAAGCCAGUCGAGAAGCCAGACGCCAUCUUCUCCCAGGAAAGAGACCCAAGGUUUGCAGAGAUGUUUGCUGGCAUCACGACUACGGAUAAGAAGAUGAUGCCUUCAGCAUCCACAGCGGGAAACCAGCAGAUCUACUCUCAAGGGAGUCCCUUCCAGCCAGGACAUUCGGGAAAGUCUUUCAGCUCCUCCGUGGUCCAUGUGCCCGGGGUCAACGACAUCCAGUCCUCUUCGUCGACAGGCCAGAACCUGACACAGAUCUCUCGCCAGCUCAACCAGAGUCAAGUUACCUGGACAGGAAGCCGUCCUCCGUUCCCAGGACAGCAAAUUCCUGCACAGUCUGGCAAAGCCCAGUCCUCGCCCUUUGGGAUUGGAACCAGCCAUACCUACCCCGCAGACCCAGCGUCCUACAGCCCCCUCUCCAGUCCCGCCACCUCUUCGCCAAGCGGGAACGCCUACUCCAGCCUCGCGAACAGAACUGCAGGGUUUGCCGAGAGCAGCCAAAGCAGCGGGCAGUUCCAAGGGAGGCCGUCCGAGGUGUGGUCCCAGUGGCAGAGCCAACACCACAACCAGCAGAACAGCGAGCAGCAUCCUCACCAGCAAGCCGGCCAGACAGAGGUGUUCCAGGACAUGCUGCCUAUUCCGGGGGACCCAACGCAAGGGACGGGCAAUUACAACAUUGAAGAUUUUGCUGAUUUGGGGAUGUUUCCUCCAUUUUCCGAGUAAAUUAUCUAGCCAGAUAACCUCUAAUAUGAUGUUCUAGGAGCGGGGUGGGGUGGGAAGCCUAUCAGCGUAGUUUGGCCCCGGCUUUUUCUGUGUUACAUUAUCAUAGAAGCUGUUAAACUCAGAAAACACCAUUUCCAUUUUUCAGAUAACAACUUGCUCUCCCUCCAGAUUUCGACCGCGCGCGUUCUAAUGAGGGAAUUGCACCACCCAUUUGGGAUUCAUUUUGUAUUGCGUUCCCAUUUGUGGUCACGGUCAGGGGCUGUGGGAGGGAGGCACUUUGAUUGAUUGUGAAUUUUCUCUGAGCUCUUAAGCUCUGAAUGUGAACCCUUUCUAACUUUCCCUUUAGAGAAAGUUGUCCUUUUGUAAAUAGAUAAAACGAAAUAACAGGUACUCCGUUUCUCUGCACAGGGCUUGAAAAUAAACCCCCUAGAUUUCCGUGGGGGUAGUGUAGCUCAGUAGGUUAAGCUCCAUACUUUGAGUUGGAAUGGGCGCAAAGGGCCACCAGCUUGAUCCUUGCCAUCCGAUAUACUAGAGCUCACUUAAGCACUUAGAGCAAGGUUUUGCAUGCGCAAAGCCCUGGGUUCCGUCCCCAUGGUCUCUCUGGUCAAAAGGGCAUAGCAGGGCUGAGGAAGACCUCUGUGCCCAAGAUCGUUCUGUCAGGCAGAACAGACAAAAUUGGACUAGAGAGAACCAGUGGCUUGAAAGGCAAGUUUUUCAUGUCCACUUCAGCAUCUGGUGCCCAUUGGACCUUGCACAGCAGCAGUUGUGUGACUGCUCUGGGACAAUUCCAGGGGUAACGGAAUCAGGCAUGUUACCACUUUUUCAUUGGCUGUGGCCAUAAGCAAAUUUCCAAGUUGAUAUUAUUUAUAUCCACAGGCAAGAGGUUGAGGACAUCUCUUACUAUGAGGCCAUAUUUUUACCAAAUCUUUUAAGCAUUAUGGAAACUGUCUGAAAUGUGCAAAAUAUGUUGGUAAUGGAAUCAUUUUCUGGACAUUGGUUCUGAUUCCGUUAUCAAGGUGUUUUGCACAUUUUAGGUCCUAGGCUUGUUCACAUGAUCAUUGAAUGGGUAGGAGCUGUGUGCGUUCCUGAUUUUCAGUUUGUAAAAAGCAGGGUUGGAGGCAGGGAGCAUAAUCAUCCACUAAUUCCCAGCUGGGUGGAAUGGUGUUUCCUCCUUCCUCAUUCAGAAGCUGGAGUUGGAACCUGGGGAAGGCACAUUCAUCUUACUCAGCUGGGGCUUAGCAGAUGAUCACACUCCCCACCUCCAGUCUUGCUUUUUACAAGCACACGAUUAAAAACCAGGAGCGUGCAGAGCCCUCGAAACUGGGUAGGAUGCUUCUCCUACCCAGUUAAUGAUUGUGAGAACGAGCCUACUAACUAUAAUAUUUAAGGGUUUUAUUAAAAAUAUGGCCUUAUAGCAGGAGACGUUCUCUUGCCAGUGGAUGUAUAUAGGCUCAACUUGAAAAUUUGCUUAUGGUUACAGUAACUGAUGAAGUGGUAGCAUGCCUGAUUCCAUUACCCUUGGCAUUUCCCUAGGCUAGAGCAUAUCCCAUGUGGCCUUGCCAUCCUUUCCCCCUUGGCACUGAGUAUGGGAUAGCAUGGGAAGUUCAGGCUGGCACCCUUGGGCUGGCAUCCCUCAGUGAUACUGCAGAGAAUGGCCUUCAUUUGGCCACUGUGCAUAGACAUGGUGCGCCGAACAUGAAGCAUGUGACUGUAAAGGUAAAAUGUGCUGUCGAGUCAUUGUCGACUCCUGGCGACCACAGAGCCCUGUGGUUUUCUUUGAUAGAAUACAGGAAGAGUUUACCAUUGCCUCCUCCUGCGCAGUAUGAGAUGAUGCCUUUCAGCUUCUUCCUAUAUCGCUGCUGCCCAAUAUAGGUGUUUCCCUCAGUCUGGGAAACACACCAGUACUUUUCAACAAAACCAAAUCCACAGGAUCUAAACUCAUGUGAUCAAACCAACAUCUGCUGAGAUACCUGUGAGACCAUUUCUUUGUGUGGUGGUUUUGAGAGUGGCGGGGAGGCAAAGUAAGGGCAAUUUUUUUGUGUGGGGGUGGGGGAGGGUGACUUUUGUGGCGUGGUUCACUUUGGGGCCAGUAUACUGUGAGAUUGGGCAAGAGACAGCAUGAUUCAUUUGCUUCGUGCACAUGAGUUUAGGGAAGGGUGUCUAUACGUGGACAUUAAACAUCCUCUACCCCUAGCAGACUUCUCUCGGGGAUUCCCAGAUGUUGUUGACUACAACUGCCAGGAGAGGAGAGCUGGUCUUGUGGUAGCAAACAUGACUUGUUCCCUUAGCUAAGCAAGGUCCACCCUGGUUGCAUUUGAAUGGGAGACUUGAUGUGUGAGCACUGCAAGAGAUUCCCCUCGGGGGAUGGAGCUGCUCUGGGAAGGGCAUCGUGGUUCCACAUUCCCUCCCUGGCAGCAUCUCCAAGAUAGGACUGAAAGAGAGAUUCUCCAAGGCCUGCAACCUUGGACAAGCUGCUUCCAGUCUGUGAAGACAAUACUGAGCUACAUAGACCAAUGGUCUGACUCAAUAUAUGGCAACUUCCUAUGUUCCUAAUCCCCAGCUGCAAUGGCUUUUGCUUGGGGAUUCUGGGACUUGUAGUCAACAACAUCUGGGACUCCCUGUUAGAGGGAGCACUGACCCCCAGCCCAAUGCUGCCCAUGCUGCUUCUUCCCACUUUAAUGCCUCCCUUUCCAUGUGGCCAUUUCAGGCCAUUUUUGAAUGUAAGGUUACGUGAUGUAACCAGGCCCAUUCUGGCAAGGAACUCUUAGCGCCUUAACUGUCUCAUUUUAACCCAGCUAAAACUCGAAUGUGUGUACAUUUUAGUACUAUCUGUAUAUCUGGUGUUGUACGAAGUACAUUCCUGUUUGGAUUUUUGUUUCCAUAUGAAAAGGUAGCCCAAAGGGGUGACAUCUCUCAGAGAGCUUGCCACGCCAUGCUUAAGAGUUGGUUCGUGGUUUUUAUCUAGCCAGGGAUGGUAUAUCCGUGGAAGGGACCAUCGCUCAUGUUCGAGCACAUGCUUUAUGCACAGAAGGUCUUAGGUUUGAUCCCUGGCAUCUCCAAGCAGAUCUCUGAAACCCUGGAGAACGCCAUCCCAUCAUUGUAGGCAAUACGGAGCUCAAUGGUCUUGACUCGGUGGAAGGCAGCUUCAUUGGGGAGGAUCCGUAGCUCAAUGGUAGCGCACAUGCCUUGCAUGCAGAAGGUCCCAGGUUCCAAUCCUAGCAUCUCCAGGUAGGGCUGGGAAAGACUCCUGUCUGAAACCUUGGAUAGCUGAUGCAGGUCAUAGGAACAUAGAAAGCUGCCUUCUACUGAGUCAGACCAUUGGUCCAUCUAGCUCAGUAUUGUCCACACUGACUGGCAGUGGCUUCUCCAAGGUUGCAGGCAGGAGUCUCUCCCAGUCCUAUCUUGGAGAUGCCAGGGAAGGAAUUUGGAGCCUUCUGCAUGCAAGCAUGCAGAUGCUCUUCCCAGAAUGGCCCCAUCGCCUGAGGGGAAUAUCUUACAGCGCUCAGACAUGUAGUCUCCCAUUCAGAUGCAAAGUAGGGUGUGCCCUGCUUAGCAAAGGGGACAAUUCAUGUGUGCUACCACAGGACCAGCUCUCCUCCCAUGUAGUGUAGACCAUUCUGAUCUAGAUGGAUCAAUGGUCUGAUUCAGUAGAAAGUAACUUCAGAUGUUCAUAAAUGGGCAUGCAUGCUACUCCACAAACCAUACAAGGCAAUUUUGCAAAAUUAUUGCAAGUAUUGCAGUGACAGUUGUAAUAAGCCACAGUGUCAAACCAUUGGCUUCCGGAAAUAGAUGUGCUGUGGCAUACAGUCAACCUUGUUUUAAAGCCCUCUGUCAUUAAGAAAGUUCUGGUGUUCCUUCUGUUGGCACUAUUUCCAAGACCUGCAAAUGCCAGGUAGAGUUCCAUGUUAUGUUUGACAUGGGAUUUGGAGAGGAGUGCUGUUCUUGUGGUAGCAAGAGUGAAUUGUCCCCUUUGCUCAGCAGGGCUGCCUUGGUUUGCAUUUGGAUGGGUGACUACAUGUGAGCGCUGGAAGACACUCCUCUUAUGGGAUGAGGCCAUACUCAAUGAAAGAGCAUCUGCAUGCAGAAGGCCCCAGGUUCAAUCUCUGGCGACAUCUCCAAGAUAGGGCUGAGAGAGAUUCCUGCCUGCAACCUUGGAGAAGCCGCUGUCAGUCAGUGUAGACAAUACUGAGCUAGAUGGAGCCAUGUUCCUAUGGCUGCCACAAAAAACAGUUCAAAUUCACCCUGUAACUUAUAGGACUGUUUACCCUCGUGUCAUGAUCUCGCCAUCCUGGUCGCGACCACCAGUGGUAGGCAGGGAAGCACUUCCCGUGUUGACAUCACAACGUUGGUUAAUGAUCCAGUAAUAAGUUGGGAGCACUUGACACUUGAGAUACCAUUUUCCAUGGCAGCCCCAUGUCAAGCAUAGCCUCUUGGUUCCACCCAUAGUUUCAUUCUCCCAUGCCCAGCUCCAGUUUGCUUGUCUUGCUGUGCUCAAAAAGUACCAUAUGGAAGGAUAAACGUGCAAGCUCGCCUUUUUAACACGCCUAACGUAUUUCUGAUUUCAGUGUUAACACAGUGUUGCAUUUAGCUGAUUGGGGAUGGGGCCACUGCUCAGUGGUUGAGCAUCUGCUUUGCAUGCAGAAGGUCCCAGAUUCAAUCCCUGGCAGGCAGCAUCUCCAGGUAGGGCUGGGAAAGACUCUUGCCUGGAACCUUGGAGAGCCACUGCCAGUCAGUGUAGACAGUACUGAGCUAGACGGAUGAAGGCUCUGACUGAAUAAGGCAGGUUCCUAUUACACGUAUUUGUAUACAUGCCAGACUUGUUUCUUUUUUUCCUCGCAAGUUGGGCAGCUGUGGACUGGUUGAUACCUUAUAGGUUGCCAUUCUGCUGUGGCCAUCUUGUUUGGCUGCCUUGAGAGAUAGCCAAUAGAUGGAUAUGCUUAAUGCUCAUGAGCUUGGCCACGGCUGUAGCUUUUUAGAGGCGGGGGGUGGAGGGUGGGGGCAAACAUGUUUACAAACAUAUGAGAAGGAUAAAGGUAAACUGGGGGCUUUUUACUAUGACCAUGGGAACAUAUCCACCUUUACAUUGCUUGUUCUCUCUGGGUUAGCAUGGACACAGGCCAGUUUGCUUAUAGUAACUCUGGGCAUAAUCUGGCCAAAAUUAAGCACUCCUAAGACUCCUGUUGAACCCAAUUGGAAAGAGUCAGUACUGUAUAUCAAGACAUAAAGCAGAGCUUUUCCAGCAGUGUUGCCCACCCCAACUCCAACAACAACUACUACUACGAAUAUUUAUAUAACACCCCUGCUAACUUGGCAAAGAGGCACCUUUUUAAUGUGGUGAUUCUCUUUAUUAAGCAGGGGGAGAGUAACUGGCCCUCUCCACCCCCAGCACAGUACCUCCAGUGACUGUUCCUGGUGUCUAUCUGAUGUUUUUUAGAUUGCGAGCCCUUUGGGGACAGGGAGCCAUCUUAUUUAUUUAUUAUUUCUCUGUGUACACCACCCUGAGCCAUUUUUGGAAGGGCGGUAUAGAAAUUGAAUGAAUGAAUGGAUAAGAUAAGAUAUAUAGCGCUUUUCAACAAAAAUUCCCAAAGCGGUUUACAUAGAGAAAUAACUAACUAACACAUAUAUAAGAUGGAUCCCUCUCCCCAAAAGGGUCACAAGCUAAAAAGUAACAUAAGAUAGACACCAGAAACAGUCACUGGAAGGAUACAGCCUUAACAAAUGGGAAGAUCCCCUUUAUGGCUGUUUUUGAUCAACCUGCAAGGUUUCCUUAUUUCAUAGGGCAUUUGGUUGAUUUCAUAAUUCCUGGACUGUUCUUAUUCCAGGGCUGUUCCCAUCCACUAGAAAGACCUAGGUGGUCGCUAAGGGCACUAAUUCUUGGGGGACUCAUAAACAGUGCCUGUAUAUAGCAUUGUCAAUUAUUCUUUCUCUGCCUCUUGCAUUGCGCCCCUGAAGUGCUGCACAGUGGUGUAAGAAUGUCAUAUAUUCUAUUGUACAAGCUGCCAUUUUGUGACUGGCUCCGCCUCCCCAAGCUGCCAUUUUGUUCUGGUAGCUCCCCAGGCUCUGGAAACCUUAAGCCUGCUUACUCCUGAAUUAAAAUGUUAGACUUUGGCUGGAUAGGUCCGAGUUCAAAUCCUUGCUCACCCGCAUAGCUCAUGAGUGACCUUGGGGGGCAGCCCAAUGCAUGCAGCCUAAUUUUAUCCCCUCACAGGGUUUUUGUGAGGCUAAAAUGGGACACCUCAGAAUCUUGUGUAACACUAAGAGCUUGAUGGAGGAAGGGUAAGACACAGUUACUGUGCCCAUUGGAAAUAGCCCCAUUCCCCAUUGAAAACAGUGCUUUUAACGUGCUUAAUUUUGGCCAGAUCAUCUCACAAAUAUCAGUGGAAGAGAGUUAAGCAUGUGCUUAACUUCAUCAUACUCAGCUUUGACUGGAUUGCACACUCUACCUUUCUUUUCUAAAGAAUAAAUGCAAAUGUCUUUUUUCUAAGUAGUUUUUCUUAUCAUCGGCAUACAUAUCUGUUGGAACGCCUUCUUCAUGUCAGUGUGGAACCGUGCUGUGGACAAAAGUGUAUUUUGUACUUCUAAGUGUUCUGUAUAGCAAAAACCAGUUUUGUGUGUCUGUAUAAUUAAUAACUUGCCUUUUAAUAUGUCAUUAAAAUAAUAAAGCAUCAGGA